UUAACCAUGUUUAGGAAAGGCUUUCUAAACUUUUUCUGUUUAUUUUAACAUUUAUUUUCUCUCAAAUUAUGCAGUGUCACCAACGGGAGCAUCAUUAAUCACAAAAUUGAAAGAGGAGAACAAAUUGGCUAAGAUGAAAAUACAACACCUGGAGGAGCGGGUGAAGCACCUGGAAGAGGCUAACAUUGAUCUAAAAAAGGACAAAGAUUUUCUGCUUAGUAGAUUUGACGAGAAGCCAGGUCCUUCUCACAAGAGUGCAAAGAAAGAAGUCAUCUCUACCUCCUCUGAAACACCCUCAGCCUCAUCCUCUGAUGAGUCAUUCUUCUCAGAGGAAGAAGAGGUUAAGGUAAAGGAGAAAAAGAAGAAGAGGAAGACCAAGAAGCCAAUGAAAACCUUAGAGCCACACAGUCACUCAAGGAUGACAACCAUCGAUGGCGUGGUGCGGCGCUACAUGAGGGCUCUCAAGAGCUUCAAAAAAACUGGAUCCAUGAAGCGAGCCUUUGAGCAUUUGGGGGUGGACCGGAACACCAUAGCAAGGACCGCCCAAAUCGCUGAGGUCCACAUCAUUUUCCCAGACAUAUUUGAGGGUUUGAGUAAAGAUAGCCAUGACAAAAUCUCCACCUUCACAGAGAGGUGCAGGGAAGCCAUAACAGCAGAAAUGGCGAGCACACUGACGCACAAAAAAAAUCCAGGUGAACUACUGCCGAUCACUUACAAAAUGACCUAAUCAUUAGACAAUUGGCUUUAUGCACAGCUCCACGACUUCC